UCAAAUAAAUGCAACAGAUAUAAAAAUAAAAAAAGAUUGGUCAAUUUUAUCCACUAAGAAAUGGGUGCACAUGUUUGACCACUUCCACCUUUCAAAAGUUGCAUUGAACUCGCUGCCAUUUCCAUUUGACUCUCUGUACGUUCAGAGGUUUCCAAGAUGGCGAAGAAAACGUUAGCAGAUAAAACACUUCAAAACGAAGAUAAUGUUAAAAAUAAUGAUGAUAUAUUUAACGACGAUGAAGAGCCAAAUUUCAGCGAUCCUGAAGGAUUUGUGGACGAUAUUACCGACGAAGAACUCCUUGGUGAUAUCUUGAAGCAAAAACCAUCAGAGACAGAUGGAGUGGAAUCCGUAAUCGUCGUUGAUGGAGUUCCCCAGGUUGAACCAGAAAGAUUGGAAAAACUUCAAUCCGUCAUUAGCAAAGUCUUAGGAAAAUUUGGCACAAUAGUGAAUCAAUAUUAUCCCAAAAAUGAAAAUGGAUAUACAAAAGGGUACAUAUUUCUAGAAUAUAAUAAUCCUCUUAAUGCUUUAGCAGCUGCCCAAUCUGUAAAUAAUUACAAAAUUGACAAGCAACACACGUUCAAAGUAAAUUUGUUUACCGAUUUUAAGAAAUUUGAAGAAAUUGCAGAUGAAUGGGAACCUCCAAAACCACAAGAAUUUAAAGCUGCAGCAGAUUUACAUUAUUAUCUUUUAGAACCAGAUGCUUAUGACCAAUUUUGUGUACUUUGUGGUAAUGGCCCUUCUGUUACUGUUCAAGUCUGGCAGAAUUCUGCUCCUGAACCAACAUUGCUUGAAGAACGUUCCCGAUGGACUGAGACUUAUGUUAAAUGGUCUCCAUUGGGGACAUAUUUAGCAACAUUCCACAAAUUGGGUGUUGCAUUAUGGGGUGGUCCUCAAUUUUUACAACAAGCCAGAUUCAGUCAGAAGGGUGUUGAAUGUAUUGACUUUUCUCCUUGCGAACGUUAUUUAGUAACAUACACUCCACGAACUGAUCUUGGUUCAGAUCAGAAACGACUAGUAAUUUGGGACAUUCUUACUGGACAAGAAAAACGUGCGUUUUUCGCAGAUGGUUCUUCAGUAUGGCCUAUUUUCCGCUGGUCGCAUGAUGAUAAAUAUCUUGCUCGUAUGGGGGAAGAUGUUUUGAGUGUAUAUGAAACACCAUCAUUUGGAUUAUUAGAUAAGAAGAGUAUAAAAAUUCCUGGUAUCAGAGAUUUUAGUUGGUCUCCAACAGAUAACGUUCUUGCUUACUGGGUACCAGAAGACAAAGAUGUUCCAGCUAGAGUCACUCUUCUCGAAAUUCCAAACCGAAAUGAAAUUCGUAACAAGAACUUGUUUAAUGUAGCUGAUUGUAAAAUUUUUUGGCAAAAGUCAGGAGAUUAUCUCUGUGUGAAAGUCGACCGUUUUGCCAAACGCAAAGAAAAAACGGAACAGAAAUAUACGGGUAUGUCUUAUAACUUUGAAAUCUUUCAUAUGAGGGAAAAGCAAAUUCCAGUCGAUAGUGUAGAAAUAAAAGAACCAAUCCAUGCAUUUGCUUGGGAACCUGUUGGAAGCAAAUUUGCUAUUAUUCACGGAGAGAUUCCAAGCGUAAACGUUAGCUUUUAUGAAGUACGAUACGGUCAUCAACCAGCCCUUCUUAAAAAAUUAGAGAAGAAGGCUUGUAAUCAUCUAUUUUGGUCGCCAUCUGGACAAUUUAUUGUUCUUGCUGGAUUGACAACCAUGGCAGGGGCUUUGGAAUUCAUUGAUACUAAUGAUUUUACUAUCAUGAACUCAACUGACCAUUAUCAAACUUCAGAUGUCGAAUGGGAUCCUACUGGACGGUAUGUAGUAACAGCAGUUUCGAGUUGGAAAACUAGCGUAGAUAAUGGAUACUGGAUAUGGACAUUCCAAGGACGUAUCUUAAAAAGAGUUAAUCUUAAUCAGUUCAAUCAACUAUUAUGGAGACCGAGACCACCAACGUUAUUAACACCAGAACAAAUUAAAGAAAUUAAGAAAAAUUUAAAGAAAUAUUCUGCACAAUUUGAAAGCAAAGAUCGUAUGCGACUGACGCGCGCCUCGAAGGAAUUAAUCGAAAAACGCUGCGCAGCGAUGAAAGCAUUUGAAGAAUAUCGUUCAAAACGUAUACAAGAAUGGAAUAACCAGAAGAAAAGACGUUUAGAAUUACGUAAUGCUAUCGACACCGACGAAUUAGAUUCUGAUUCAAAGAAUGUAGAAGAAGAAGUAAUAGAAUUUUUCGUCAAAGAAGAAACAUUCAUCAUCGACGAGAAAUAAAACUGUGUGGAAGAAGUUUUCAUCUCUGCCAUUUUUGGAAAUCUCUAGUGCAAAACCAAUUCAGUCAUUUGUGAAAAGUGUCAUCGAAGUAAUUAUCUUCCAGAGCCACAUAGAUUGUGGCUCACAAUAGUAGACUGAAAUGACUAUUUUAAGUGGUUAUGAACAGUUUUUCUUAUACUAUUUCUGCACCUUAAUUGGAAUUUCUUCCACUUUCCCGACGUUGCGUAUGAAACGUCGUAAACGUAGUACCAUAAAGUUUUAUCAUGUUCCAUACAGGAUAGUAUGUCAUUCAACAAAUAAUUAUUAUCAAUACAAACAUA